AUGUCCAUAAUCAAUACCAUCGAAUUUAUUUAUAUGGAAACUGCCACCAUUACAGAUGCAUCUAAAACAAAAGGUGACUUAUCCAAAUUGCAUGAAGCUAUUUCUAUCAUGUUCCAAGAAUUGUUAGUAUCUCUACCAACUGAUAUGAAAGAUGAAAUAAAAAAUGUACAAAUCUUGGCCAUACAACUUUGUGGCAAAAUUUGUCCUGGUAGAAGAUUGGCGAUACUUGAACUGAAGUGUUUGAUGGCUUCGAUUUAUAGAAAUAGUGAUUUAAAAUUGGUAGAUGAAAAUGCCGGAGUACCAAUCAAUUCUUUUGCUAUUACUAUGUCUCGAGAAAUAUUGGUUUACGUUGUUGCCAGAGAAUAA